AUGUCUCUCGCCCUCUCGGGCAUCUCGCCACGCACGCGCAGCUCGAAGUGCGUCAUCUCGGUUCCCGCCAUCGACGACGCGUACGUUUUGGUCGGUCCUUCCGUUCACCACCCCAACGUCACAGACGCCGAACCGAACAUGGCCAGCCCAUCCACGGGGCCCACCAUCACAAUCCUGGACACGAAACCCCCCGCCGUCACAAUCUCGCCACCGUCGCCCCAAUCCGUGAUCCGAACGUGUCCACCCACGCCGGUCAGUUCCCCCCUACAACCGCGUAAUCUCCUCCCGGCGCAGCCCGACCUCCUCGCCGCGCCUCUCCCUUUACGUCUUCGGCGGCAGGUGUUUGGAAGUGAGGGAAAGGACAAUACAGCCAAGGAAAAGGGGAGAGACAAGGAGAACUCGAAUUCGCCCUUCAUGGACGCCAAGGACUGA